AGCGGCUGUAACAGUUUGCAUAAAUUCGUUCCACUUUUUCGUAUCAUUGCAGUGCGUAAAAUGAGUAGAAUCUUAAAAGAGUGCUUCGUGAAACCUUUGAACGACCUGCAUCCGCCGAUUCCGAUCGAUACGGAACGGAAGAUCAUCGGCAGAAGCCCGGAAACGAAGAUCCAAGAUCCGUGCUGUUCACGUCAACAAGUUUGCCUGAAGGCCAACUUCAAGGGAGGAUUCGUGCUGGUUAAGGGUCUGGGAUCAAAUCCUUCGGUUCUGAAUGGCAAGCAACUGGAAAAGAACAUGGGAUACGAAGCGCACGAUGGAGACAUUCUGGAGCUGUUACCUGGCAAUUAUCAGUACGCUUUUGUGUUUAAAUUUGAUGAAAAGUCGGACGAGAAGCAUAAGAAAAGCAAUGAGAGGAAAGACGACAAAGAACAACAGAAUGGUGAGAAGGAGAAGCGAGCGUCUCAUAAACGAAGUUUGUCAAAAACCAUUUCAAAGGACGAAACGGAAUCUCAGAAGAAAAAGAAGAAGCUGGAUGACCGGGACGGAAGCAGCAGCUCCAGUCGAUCGGCUACCAUCGAUCUGGAAGGUAGUAGGAAGGGAAUGCCCGUGCCAGCUACGGAAAGCAAAUGGGAAGACUUAGAUUCCAAGCAGAUAUACGUCUUCACCGGCAAGGACGUUGUUGCUUCGGAGAAGAUAGCAGCCUACGAUUUGGACGGAACGCUGAUCAAAACCAAAUCGGGCAAUGUGUUUCCGAAAACGAUUGACGAUUGGCAGAUUGCCUUUCCGGAGGUGCCGGGAAAGCUAAAAUCGUUACAUAAAAACGGGUUCAAGAUAGUUCUUUUCACGAAUCAAGCCGGUAUCGCCAGGGGAAAAUUGAAAAUUGAAGACUUUAAACAAAAGAUUGGAUCAAUUCAGGCAAAAUUGAACAUCCCCUUUCAAGUGUUUGUUUCCACGGGAAAGGGCAAAUAUCGGAAACCCUUGCCAGGAAUGUGGGAUACGCUUUGCCAAUUGAAAAACGAUGGCGUCAAAGUGGACAAGGCUCGCAGCUUCUACGUGGGUGAUGCUGCUGGUCGUCCAGAGCAGAAGAAGCCAGUAAAGCGCAAGAAAGACUUCUCCUGUGGAGAUCGAUUAAUGGCCAUCAAUGUGGGGCUACCUUUCUUCAUUCCAGAGGUCCACUUUCAAAAUGCCAAAGACGCCGAAUGGACGAAACCUGAGUUCGAUCCGAAGUUGGCAUUGGAAAAUCGCGAAAUUUUGUCCCCACAUGGGAGCAAGUUGGUUUCGUCACAGCUGGAGGUUAUCAUCAUGGUGGGCUUCCCUGGUUCUGGAAAGAGUCACUUUGUGACGACCCACCUGCAACCGAAGGGAUACGUUCCGAUUAACCGAGACACUUUGGGAUCGUGGCAAAAGUGUACUUCGCUGCUUGAGAGUAGCCUGCGAAGCGGAAAACGUGCUGUGGUGGACAAUACUAAUCCGGAUGCAGACAGCAGGAAGCGGUUCGUUGAUAUUGCAAGGAAGAUGAAGGUGCCUUGCAGAUGCUUCAAGAUGAGUGUCACCUACAAGCAAGCCAAGCACAACAACACUUUUCGGGAACUAACAGAUCGGACCCAUGCGUCGAUCAACGAUAUGGUUUUCAACAUGUACAAGUCAAAAUACCAAGAGCCAUCGUUGGAGGAGGGGUUCGAAGAGAUCGUGAAGGUAAACUUUCUACCCAGGUUCGAUUCGGAUGCGAACGAGAAGUUGUAUAAGCUGUACCUGUUAGAAAGCUAAGGUCUUAGUUUUUAUCUCCUUUCACUACCCAUAAAACCACUGUCCCGGAAUAGGAAAUCAAGCAGACAUGAGAUCCACAUGCAUUUAUGAGCAGUUCAGUUUUAUUCCAAUAUUGAGUUUUAGCAC